AGGGAAAUCCAACCAAGAGAAGUUCAAACCACUAUGCGGAAUAUCCUGGAUGGCAUAAUAUCGGCAUCCAAUCGGAAAAUUGUGUCGGCCCGUGGAAAAUUUUCCUCUGCAGGCAAACAACCAUUAUUGGUGGAAUAAUUCAAUUUCCUUCGAUCGGCAUGAAAAGUAGAUACGAGACAAAAGUGUGAUGUUUCUGUUAUUCCUGGAAGAUUUAGCUGUGCAGUGUUUAUGCGAAGUUUUUCAAUUCAAAUUAAAUUGGUGUGGGCGUUUUUGCGCAACAAGAUACCCAAAAUUAUUUUGUGAAUUUGUGCGAAAAGAACGACUGUAUAUUGUGCAAGUCCUUGGAUAUUUCAAUUUUAGAUAGAGUGAUCAAGUAGAAUAAGUGGAAAUUGAUGAAAGAAUAUUUUCAUCUAUUAUUAGGAUACAGUUGUUUGAUAAGUGUAAUGCUCUUCGAAGGAUAAAAUUACCAUACCCACAGUUGCCUAACAAUGUCUAAAUUAGUCAUACCGGUUAGCAUAAAAAGUUCGUGCCUAUGAUAAAAUAAUAAUCCAAAGUGUAAAGUUAAUUUUGUAUCGUCAUUCUGAUUAAUCGCCAACAAACCUUUAUCAGUGCCAAAGCUUACAUCUACGUGUGCCUCUUCUGUUAAUUAACUCAAACGAAAAUUUUCACUGCGACAUCGCCAACCCUACUUCACAACCCACCAGUCUGGAAUUUUCUCUAUUAUUACCCAAUAAGCUUUGGCUUACGCAGACAUCAAUCCUACCUAUAUAUAGGGCUGAAACGCAAUUGUGCAGCAGGAUUUUCCGAUAUAUCUAUAUUGCUCAAACAGCACGUGCACGAACUAUUUUCAUCUUUUGGAUAGAACCGUCCAAGAGGACCAUCAAAAGCUCUCUCCUGUGUGUGUAUCGAGAUACUUCCGGGCGCAUCGCAGACAAAUGAAAAGAGAAAAAACAGUCAUAAUAACAAUUUAUUGUCGCAGUGCUUUAGUUUUUCACCACAUUUCGUGUGUCAGUAUUUAAUGCUAUUGUUUUGGACUGCUGCCAAGUUGAAAAUACAUAUAAGGAUACGACAGGAUUUUUAGAGCAGAAGAUAAGGUGUAGAUUGUCGGGUGGUAUCUGAAUCAGACUUGUCAUUCGGCCAAGAACGCUAUUGGCUCCGGAUUAUACAACUGUAGUUGUACCGCCUGCACAGCUCAAAUGACGUCACCGAAGAAUUGCACAACCUUAGCCACCAGCACAUCCAUUGGCAGUAGCAGCAACACCAAUCAAAUCCCGUCCGCCCUGUCGGUGUCGAAUCGCAUACUCCGCUCUCCUUCACACGAAAGUUUUUCUACGGAUUUAUCGUUGAUUUCCAUUUCCGUGUCAUCGAUGGCAUCCGAAGCGACUAGUGUUUUAAAUCGAUCGAGCUGCAGUCUGCUGACAAAAACGAUGGAAGACAAACUUCUGCUAAAGGAUGCCAAACGAAAUCGGUCAUCUACACUAACGGAGAAGUGGAGCGAGAGUAACGAUCUCAUCCGUAACUGUGCCACCCUCUCAGCUGCGCUCGGUAUUCACAAGAGCUUCAGUACUACCGACAUUUACCAGUUACCGUCCGACCAGCACAAUCUCGGUGGGAGGCUUUCUACCUCCGAACUUGCACUGACCCCGUUCCAAAAGGCUGGUUACUUGUUCGACCAUCCCCGCCUUGAUCACACCUCCCGCUCGUACUCGACCUGGGUUGCGGUAGGCGAGUUAGCUUCCACAUCACAACUGCCUUCACCCCACGGUGGACAAUCUUCCAACCAAGUUCCAACGAUCUGCAACACUACCCCAACUCCCAGCUUUACCGUUUCCGAUCUAAUCAGUUCGGUGAACAAAAAAAUUCGCCAGAACUACAUCCGACGACGGUUGUACACUACCUAUCGAGCAAUCGAAAGACUGUCCCAGAGCGAGUUCAACUUAGACCGACUGGAAGCGGCAGCAUUUGCAGCGAACAACUUCAGCAGCCCUGGUCCGACGGAACUUAUAGUUCCAACAACUCACGCUUCCGCAUCACCCAUCGGGGGUAAAUCCGCCAACCUUGACAGUAACCCGAUCGCAACAAGCUCCAUAAGCCCAGCAACAGUACAAGCGAGAAAAUCGUCAUCUAGCAGCAAGUCUCACGCGAAGAAAAAUCUUACGUUUUUGGACAUUGAAAGCGAACGGGGAAAACCGUUGUCGAAGUACGAACGGCACAUGUUGAUUUUCAAUUGGCUGCACACUAUUGAUGAUGCACCCAUCGAAAUCGACAAUUGAUUUAGCUAGAACAAAGAUCUCCUUGCUUCGGAAGGGACUGCUGUGAGUGACCUCGACAGUGAUUCAAAACUACAUCGAAAAAUGCUAACGGUCGGACCUGUGCGAGGAUUAUACACUACGAAGCUAACGAGUCGAUCUAAUGCAAGUGAGCUUUUUGGCAGUGAAUGAAAUGGUCCACUCGAUGGUUAUUAUACACUCUUGAUGUUUUAUUAAUUGCUGUUGCCGCUGUGAAAUGUAAGUGAUCCCAAUGAAAUCGUAACGAAAAGUAUUUGAAGCGCAUACGUAGGUUAAAUAAGAUACUAUCCUCCUAGUUGUAAUUGGAACGUUUAGUUAUGGAAUGAAUAGAAAUGAACAGCUUAUAGCUAAUUGCAAGUUAAUUUAAGUGAUUAGCGGUUUAUACUUUUGUAGGUUAGGUAUAUUAUGGGAGAAUAUCUAAAAAAUCAAAGUGUUCGUAUGUUUUGGUCCAUGGUUUACUGGAGGAUAAAGGUAAACAACUCGCACUCUUCGUCGCUAAAUCACUUACCAAAAGUUUAAUCCACCUCGUCUAAUUGUGAUCCAUCUCUUCGCGAAGCAGCUGAGGCAAUCGAAUGAUAGUUUGAGGUUCAAAGAUAAUUUAAAAAUAUGCACUUACACAUGACUCAAAUUCGAAUUCGUACACCUCUAGUUAUUUAAUUAAUAUUGUUUCACAAGUAAUAUAAGUAAUUGCGCUAUCGGAUAACGCUAUUAUUCGAUGAAUAUGGUAGUGGAACCACCAAAAAAAUUUUCGUACUCUACACAUGAAAUAGGAUUUCUAAUUGGGAAAAUAGCUUGAAAAGUAUCAGUUUGUAAUUUAUGACCUGUUAUUACUUUAAUUCUUUGUUUUGCUUAGAGAAACAGAUGUUAUGACAGCAGAAGUGUUCAUUAGCACAGUUUUCUUCAGAUUCAUAGCAAUUAAAGUUUGUUAAAUUAAAUUUAACAUAUAUUUAAACUUUUUAUGUUGUUCCACGCUUUUCUAAACUUUCUUCCUUCAUCGUCUCGCUCGUUACAAUAUUGAAAAUAAAAAAGCGACCCACUCUUAGCCAUUAAUAAAACGGAAAAAGUGAAUCAUUGUCAGAAGACUCACCCCUUGAUCGGCAGCUUCUACGCGAUUCGGUCUUCUAUAUGGAACCAAUGUUGCACCUAAGAUCCCGAAGCUGCAGUAUUCUAUUAAGUUGACCGGCGAACUUCAGGUCAUGAACGGUAACGUUCUUCCAAUACACCUGUAAUUUGUGCAGAACCUGGAAGAUCUGCAGCUAAUACUAUUGAGACUAUGUUAAGUUUUAUUUUUUGUGUUUCGAAUUCAUCUCGUCAGUAACUAGCACCAUCUGGGUGCCUAGUUAGACGAUGUAUCUAAACUAGUACCCAAAUUAGCACUAGUUAGACACAAAAAAAUCCAAACAGUUCGCACGAUACAUGUGAACGUUCAAAGCAACUGACUUGUCCCGAGUUAUGUCCCGGGAAGCAUAGGUUUUCUGACGAGAAAGCGAACUCUUGUCUUUUGGCUUGGGAGCCAAACGCCUGGCAUUAUGCAAUCUCAUUUUUCCAUGAGGGGAAAUUGGACUGAACCACUUUGUGCAUUAAGGGCACAAAACCUAACA